AUGUUUAGUGCAGUCAUUCAAGGUUAUGCUAAUGCUUCAAGGAUGGAUGAUUCAAUUGGAUUGUAUGAUAAUGCUAGAAAUCAAGGCUUAGUACCAUCCGUUUCCUGUUUCAAGGCUCUCCUUAAUGCUUUGAUUAGGAAUAAGAAUGCCGAGUUUGCUGUAAGAGUUUAUAUGGAUAUGAUAGAUGUUGGGCAUGGAUUAAGUUCAGAAGAACAUAUUCUUGAUUUUGUCGUUAGAGAAUUGGCUAAGAGAGGUGAGAUGCUCAGUGCUGUAAACAUGCUUAGGAGAGUAAAGAUGUUUGGAAUCAAAGCCAGUCUUGCAGUUCUCUCAGAAAUUGCUGAAGGUUACUGCAAGAAGAAAGAUUAUGAAGAUAUGCUUAAGUUUAUGAAGGAAUGGGAAGUCAUCCCCAAAACUCAUAGUUGUAAUAAAAUAACUUCUGCUCUGUGUAGGAAUUUAGCUUCUGAAGAAGCUUGGUCCUAUGUGCAGAAGAUGGAGGUUUUAGGUUUUGAUCCGGAUGCUGUAACAUUUGGAAUUCUUAUUGUUCAAAUGGGGUUUUUAAGGAGGGGAUGGGUCAGCAUGCAAAAAGUUAUUUAUGAGGACAUGAUCGAGAAGGAUUUAAAAGCCAGAUUUAGCAACUUUUCAGGAUUCUGUUGGCAGGCUACUGUCUGUGUAGACAAUUUGAUGAAGUUAAAGAGGUUACUCAGUAAGAUGGUGGAUUGUGGUAUGAUUUCUCUGGCUUUCACUGAGGAUGCUCUCUCGAAAGCCUUUAUGUUGUUGGGUCUUGAUCACUUGGAGACUGAUCUUGAUGAAUAUGAACGGAUCUUAGAUGAUAUAUUGAAUAAUGAGAUUAUCCCCAAACUUGAUUCCCAUUUACUAAAGUAUUGUCUGGAAGGUGAUAUAGGAAGUGCACUCAGAGUGAUGAAUAAAGUGGUUCAGUGGGGCCAUGCCGUCUCUUUGUCUACAUUCUUCACAUUACUGAAAGGCUUAUGUGAAUCUCUGAAUCACAUAAAAGAAUUGAUGGUUGAUGAGAUGCUCAAAAAGGAAAUGCUGGUUGAGAGCAGUACUUAUACAGCUCUGAUUAUGGGAUUCUGCAAAGAAGACAAUGUUGGAGGACUUAAAGAAUGCUUGGAAGUUGCAAAAGUUGUUGCUUAG